GACAUCAAUGAAAACAGCAAAACGGCAGCAAAAGUAUUGCUUAGGUUCUGAUUAAAUCGCGAUUCACCUCCGAUGAGUUCGUCAUUUAAGAGUUGAAGAUUGGGGUGCGGCAAAAGUUCUUUUAUCUAGCCGACCGCAUUAUUUUGACCAGGCUUUUCCUAUAGCUCGGUAUACGGGCUGAAGGCUCCACUCCAUAACAACAUGAAGUUAAUGUUGAUUUCUCUUACUUUUAUCGUGGCCCUUGUUCAAGGGGACAUCGAUGUCGGAGCAGGUGUUCAUCGGCAUCGAGCGAAGAGGACGGAGACGGCCUUCUCCCAAGAGGAGAUUGAGGGAAUCGUUAAUCUGCAUAACGAGUAUAGGGGUAUGGUGACACCCGAGGCGUCUAACAUGAAGCAUAUGAGAUGGGACGAUAACCUAGCUAGGAUGGCUCAGAUCUGGUCGGAUGGUUGUGUUUUUGCGCACGGUAAUCCUGACAUCAUGACGGACUUCCAAUACGUAGGCCAGAACUUGUGGGCGGGGUCAAUCUUCGAUAACGGCCUUGGAGCCACGGCCAAGUGGUACAACGAGACCGUCGAUUAUGACUACAACACAGGAACCUGUGCACCGGGGAAAGUAUGCGGGCAUUACACCCAGGUAAGUGAAGAUGACCGAGUUUCGGACCCUGGACCUGAUCAUGUAUGUCCGCUUCGAAAUUAA